AGUCAAAAUAUAUCGUUAAAUAAUUGUCAUAAUUGUAUUGAUACAUACUAUUUUUAUUUUUUUAUUAAUCUUGUUUACGUGCUUUUGACAGUUGACAUUGGACUAGUUGCAACUGCAAAAAUGUGUCCAAUAACAUUUACAUGUACAAGCGCUGUAGUUAUAAUGUAAGAUUGUGCUGCCAUUUUAGUUUGUGUGGUGGCUACUUUAGAUAUACUCCCUCUAGCCCUGGACAUAUUAUUACUGAUUGGCUAGAGAACGUUUUUAUUUUGUCAUUGGCGGGGGCACAAACGAUCAGUAAAAAUAUAAAACAUGGAAGAUCCACCAAGAAAAUGUAUUGAUUGUGCAACACGUUUAAAUACAACCAUUAAAGGCUGAGAACGUGUUGUUAGUUGUAAAACAAAGAAUGUUAUAGUGGUAGUUAAAAAGAGAUAGGGGUUGAUGUUUCUACAUCUCUUUUUAAAUUACAGUACAAGUUAAAAAAAAAAUGUCUGCCAUGAAGGAUGAAACAGUUUCACCCGAUGAACUACGGAAAAGGCUUUACCAGACAUUUAAGAACCGUGGGGUUUUAGAUGCCUUGAAGACACAGCUUCGGAAUCAGCUAAUACAUCAACUAAAGCACCCAGUGUUGAGUGGAGAGGUGCCCCCACAACCAGUUCCUGUGGAAGCUGAUUCUGUCCUGGUCCAAGCCUCCAACAGUUUGGUAGUAGAUCACUUGCGCAGAUGUGGAUAUGAGUACUCCUUGUCUGUUUUCUAUCCAGAAUGUGGUCUGGAAACAGAUAAGGUAUUUUCAACAAGAGACCUGCUUCAGCUAAUGAAUGUCAGUCCUAGAUCAAUGAUGUAUAAAUCUCUUACCUCUACUGUGCAAAAUGAAAAUAAGAAAGGUUUCCUGAUGAAGCUGCUUAUUGAGUUGACUGAUCACCUGCAUAAAGCACGCAAAGAUGCAGAUACACAGACAGACUCCACCCCACAUUACAGGGAAUCACUUGCUGACAAAAUGCAGAUGAUUGAUGACCAGUUUGCAGUUCUAUAUCAGAAAGGAAGCAGGUGUGAAUCUCUGGAAGCAAAACUUUCAGAAUAUCGGAAGGAAAUUGAAGGACAGAUUCAAGCAGAAAUGGACCAAAAGUUACAGCAUUUCAGAGAGGUUGAACUAGCCAAACUGAGGAUGGAGGAAAAGGAAAAAUCCCACAAAGAAGUGUCACAGUUGAAACGGGAGCUGGAGAGAACCUACCAGACUAAGUCUGAUGCUUUGAUCAGCCGGGAGAAGAAUUCUAUUGAACGACUGCAGAAGCAACAGGAGAUUGAGGAAAAAGAAAUCUAUACCCAAAGGCAGUCGUUGCUGAAAGAGAUUGAAACUCUGAGGAACAGAGAUGCAGAACUGAAGCAAAGAACGGAAGCGUUUGAAAUGAAUUGUAAAUUGCAAGAAGAGAAGAAUAAGAGUAUAGAAGAGGCUCUCAGACGACGAGAGCUUGCAGUUAAAACUAUUGAAGACACCUACAAUCAGAAACUAAAAACUGAACUGCUAAGGUAUCAGCUUGAACUGAAAGAGGACUAUCUUAAAAGAAGUGAAAAAGUCACAGAAGAUGAGAAAUGGAAUAGAGCUGAUGCUGCACGUUUACGUGAGGAAUCUGCAGUUAUCAAUUCAAAUAAAGAGGAACACAGGCAUGCUUUAGCUGAAUUAAGGAAACUUCAGGUGGAUUUGAAUUCUGCUAGUUCCCAGAUAUAUCUGCUAACGCAACAAAAUGAGCUGCUGAAGGAAAGACUGAAUGAGACUAUGGACUACCCCCUGCUGAAGAGGGAGAGACUGGAGCUGCAGACUCAGUUAAAACUGCUAAAGAGGCAACUUGAAGAGGCCCAUGAAGAGAACUGCAAGCUCAAAGAAGAAUUUAGAUGGCCUACAUCUGAAUACUUGGCUCUCCAAGCUGAGUUGAGGAGAGUAGCAAAUGCAAGAAAACUGGACGAAGAGGAAUUUGAAAGUCAGAAACAGGUGUUGGAGGGGCAGCUACAAAAGGAGGUUGAGCACUCUGCACAGAUAAAGGCCCAGCUCAUAGAAUGUGAGGAGAGAGCACAAUGGCUAACUAUCCAGGUUGAAGAUGUGAAACUCCAGCUACAACAGACACAGCUAGCUCUGGAGAAUGAAGUGUUCCGCAAUCCAAAGCCCUCUCUUGUUGACCGCUCUGUCCUUGACCUCACAGCUGAUAAGGUUGUGCCCCCUGAUAUUUAUGUAGAUGGUCCUUUACUGAGGGGCAGGCCAGCGUCCGAGGAUGUCCUCUUCGAGCCUGUCGGCUCAAGAUCCUGCAGGUAUUCCAGGACUUGGACUGUGUCACAGGAUUCUGGUACUGAGCUGGUAGCUGGUGCCCAGGCACGAAUUAAGGAACUAGAAAAGGAGGCUGAAUCUUUAGAAGAGGCCUACAGGAACUACCAGCACAGGGCCAUCAAAGCAGCCAUAUCCAGCAUUCAACCAGCUAGACCUUGGUCUCCCCCAGAAACUCUCAGUAUUCCCAGCAGGAGCCCAUCUGCCUCCCAUAACCGAGUCACAUUCGCAGACGAAAUGCUUCCAUCUCAGGAGCUUCAGCUGAUGGCAUUAAGAGGCACACUGUACGAUGCACUGAACCUGAAUAGAGCUGGGAUGCAAGGACAGGAGACCCCAUCUGUGCAGAACUCCUUCCCUCCCAGACGACUCUCCUCCACGCCCCUUUCACUGUCCAAAAGACAGGAAAGCAGAAGGCUUUUGCAAGAUCAAGAGGGUUCAUUUCUUACACCCUGUCACCGCUCCCCUGAACGGCAGAUAUCUCCAAUUCCUUCCAACGCAUACUCUUCAACAGUUGUCUGUGCUGCUGACACAAAUUCUCCCGGUAGCCCAUCAUUGAAAAACACUGCUAGAGAACACAGCAGCUCACAAAAAAAACUUGAAGAGGUUUCUAGCCCAGAUUCUUCACCACACCCUGAAAAAUUAACAUUUGAGGAUCUCGCAGACUCUAUGGAAGAUCACAGUGACAUUCCAGAGCAGCUUGAGGACGAUGUGUCCCAUCAAUCUGAGGACCAGAUGAAUAGGCUCAGUGUCACCACCCCAGAGCCAGUAGCUGCUACUUCACAGCAAGACCACACAAUAGAUCAGAACAUGAAAGAAGAGGGAGAGAGACAGAAGAGGGAGGACAAAGAAAAAGAAGAGAGAAAAUGGGAACUGGAAAGAAUGAAUAGAGAAGAAAAAAGAAUACAGGAGAGGCAAGCAGCCUGGGAGAGAGAGCAGAGGGAACUGGAACGACUAGAGCAGGAGAGAAAGUUGAUUGAAAAUGCACAACAGCACGAAGACAAAAAAGGAGAAACAGAAGUGGGGAAGACAGAGUCCAAAAUGUCUGAAGCAGAAGACAAUUCUUCAGGCAAUAAUGCUGAUCCUGUUGAAAAGUACCUGAAAAUAGUCGAGCAGCAUAAACAGCCAGAACUGGACCAGAGUUUGAGGAGGGAGGCUGCAGAGCAGAGCUCUAUUCAUGAUAGACUAUCUGAUGAAAAAGAUGACAGUAUUGCUAACAUUUCACAUGAAGAUGCAAAUGAGGAUUUCUGGUGAAUCUUUUGUGCAGUCACUGUCUGGACCGGGGUAUGAUGUUCAUGUAUUAAUUUUACAAGGUUUAUGUGUUUGUAUUUUUGUGACUUUUUUUUUUAAUGUUCCAUUUUUUAACUAUGAAGAUGCAUAGUGUGAUUUAUAUUUGUACAUGUAAACAAUAAAAAAACACUAUUCUAACCUUUAUCUUAAAUUGUCAUGCAUACAGAGUAAAAUGUGAGUUCUAUGGAUUUAUACCAUGCAUGUGUGUCUUAACAUAUUUGUCCAGUUCAUCCCAAAUUGAGUAAGGCAUCCCUUUUUUAUGAAUUGUUAAAUAAUUCAUAGUUUAACAAUCAGCUGCUGUCCAUAUGGCUCUGCAGAAAAAGAUCUGAACAAGAUACCCAUAUUACAUUGGAGUGUCCCAAUACUUUUGCCACCCAAGGCAUACUGUACCCCUGUACCAUGAUGCUGCAUCUUCCCUGCAGCAUAUUACCAGGCUACCACCCACAAAGAGGAUUAUGUAUUUUUUUUUCUUAGCCUUGCCUUGCCAUCUGGGUAGCAGUUGAUAAGAAGGGUUUACCUCACAGCAAAGAAAGCAAUGAGCAGCUUGCCUUUAGGCUACAGUAUCUAUUUGGUGCAAUGAAGGGUUAUUACCCCUUCCCAUUUACCAGGUGAUUUCCUUUGAGUUGCAGCAGACACAAAUAAAUAAAUAAGUGAUUCUGAUUACUGAAACUUUCUGGCAGCAUCUACAGAAAAUAAAAACACAUUAUCUUGCUGGGAUGUUCAGAAAUAAAGAAAAUGUGUAUAUGAUGAACCCCAGAUUAAAAGGAAUAUAGAUAUUCACUCAGUUCAAUAAACACAGUUUAAUAAAAUGUUCUACCGGUAAAUAUAUUUAAAUUAAGGGCUUGUAGAAUUUCAGGACAACAUUAGGCUAUUGCAAUAAUGUGUUUUAGGUGUCCAGUGACUGGAGGUUUGAUUGAAUAGCACAUAUAUAAUUGAACCACACAAUUCCCUACCUCUUAUUGCUUGAAUAUUUGUGUGUGAGUGCCCUGUGUGUCAGUCAACACUUGAUAAUAAAGUUACUUGAUGUAUACUUGUAACUGUCAACACCUUGAUGGGCUGAAUUUGUUUUUAAUUUUGCAGAUGUGUUCUGUUACCACAUGAUAAAUAAUGAUUUAUACACUUAGUUCAACAUGAUGAUGGUCCUGUUACGUUUAUAUGAAUGCAACUUAAGUUUUUCUUUGACUUUCAUUGUGAUUGGGGUAUCAUCGGCCACAUAUUGACAUCAGCCCUUCACAUUUUUCAUUCGGAUUCUGGACAUUAAAAAAGAAAAGAGCAAAACACUUGUCAUAUAUGUAAUAGCCAGAACUAAAGGAUUACUUUUAAGAGAACCAUUUCCCUUGCUAAUAUAAAACCUCAACUUAAUCUGUCUGAUUUGAUCUAUUUGGAAGACCUGUUAUCUCAAACACUAUGCGCUCAAUAGUUAUUCCUUUAACAACUGUCUUUGAGCUGCACAAUGUACAGCUAAUGAGAAAUAAAGGAUCAUUAUAUAAUAAGAAAUGCUAACCCAAAAUGUUUUAUCUACAAAUGUUUAAUAACUGCUUGAAUAAAACCACAAGGAAGCCCUUGGCACGCAUAGAAAAUAUUGAUUUACUAUUAGUUUACAAAAUUGGUACCUUUUUGACUUUUUUGAAAAAAAAAAAAAAAAAAAAAAAAAAAUGCAAUAAAAAAGGUCUAUUAAAC